GUGCCAGUGGUUCUCCCGGACAUCGAUGGUUUGAUGAACACCCCACCAUGCACAAAUGGGCCUGGUCAUUUGUACUGCUGCUGCUGCUGCUGCUCGCCGCUAAUACAGGUGGGGCGGGCCAUCCAUCCAGAGGAUGCUUCGUGGCGCGCGUCAUGGUUUCCAUUUCACUCGUUGUUGGCUGCAGCGAUGACAAGAGUUGUUCCAUCAAGAGAGCGUCAAAUGCACGUCACAGCAGGGGGGCGGAUUGAAGCUUCUGAAAGGUGGGAUCAGAGGAGAGGAAGCUGGAGGACUCUGACUCAUCAACCAUGGCACUCUCUCGGCAUUGAUUGCAGGGGGGGUGGCACCGCAGUGCAGCCCAUCAGCGACCACAGAAGGAGGGCCUUUGCACAGGCCGACUCGCGAAUGAGCGGAAACAGCGCGGGCGUCAUGACUUCUCAAGAGAGCGACGACCCGAAGGAAGUCAUCCUCACAUUCGAAGGAUGGUACUUAUGAUGAAGGCCACACGUGCACCCAAUGCACCGUGACAACACGGUGUUGGUGGUGGGUGUGGUCAUCUGUGUAUGGGUGCUGCCAGGGACUUGCCUGACAUGGACAGCUGGCCCAAGAGUGGAGUGGGUGACUACUAUGGGCGGCUGUGUGAGGGGGAGAUGCCUGAGGACAGGUGCAAGGACAGGUCGACUUGGAAGCUGCCUGUCAUUAAGGGCGAGGAGAAAGACGGAAAGGGGAUUGCCAAAUGGGACACGGAGGUACGUAAGGAAGCAACGACACACAGAUUCCAGUGAGUCAAGGCUUGCAGAGGGUGGGUCGAUUGUAUGUUUGGCGGGUGGGUCAGAUGGUCCGCUUCCCUUCGACAGGGAGACCAAGUACUACGCAGCCUUUUGGGACGAAGACGACGCGGCGUCAGACGACUAUGUUGGUGUGUGUGACAAGGACAGAGAAACAGAGCAUGCUCCGACGGAUGUCAACCUUACUUGUUUGUCUGUUAGGCAAGACAGAGCCGUUCAAGCUCGACACCUUCCUGGUUGGGCGCUGUGCUUGUCUGUGUGCUCUUGUAUGUGUGUUGUGUCUUGUGUGCGUGCGCGUGACUCUCUUGGUGUCUGUCUGCCUGCAGAAGACGGGCGAUAUGAGGUUCAGCCUGUCACCCAAUGGAGGUAGAGAGACAUGCAGUGCAGGGAGCCUUAAGGCAUCCAUGGUUGGUUCCCUUGUCGCUCAAGGGAGGGUCAAGGUCACCGGCGAGUAUCUCGGCGGCCCGCAAGAAAUGCUUGCCAGGCAGGAAGGUGAAUCAGACGGCUUACUCUACCCCACCGCCAUCCAUCAUCACACACGUCUGUGUCUCGUGUCCAUCCAGAGUGCGAGGCGGCACAAGAGUUCUACAACAAGUCUGAGACAACCCCGCCCGACAAGUUCCUCGUCACCGUCGAAAAGGCCUCAGGUCAGCCAACAAGCGAACAAUCCAAGCCUUUCUCUCGAGACGGCACACAUGCAUGGCGUUGGGCAGGUUUGCCCAAGAUGGACCUGACGUGCGACGGCGAGUUUGUGGGAAUGCUGUGCGAGUCUCAGCUGGAGGAGGGAGCCUGCAAGGAGAACAAGAAGAUGCAGACCAAGCAGGCCGACGGCAAGAACGGCGUCGCCACGUGGAACAAGAAGUUUCAACUGCCAUAUGUCAAGGGCCAGAGGUUCUACCUCUCCUUCUUUGAGCACGACACCAUAUCGGACGAUUAUGUCGGUGAGUGAGUGGGCUCAGUGGGAGGGAGCCUCUGCACAUGUGCUUUAACGAACCCGAUUGCUCGUCUGUCGGUUGCAGGGAUGACGGAGACCUUCGUGACGGAGGACGUCCUGUGCAAGCCAAAACUGUCUCUGACGAUCAAGGACAAGGGGAGAUAUAAUGGUGGCUCAAGACACAUACUCAACGCACUCAGACAGCAAGAGGAAAAACACCAAUGUCUCACUAUCUCGUGUGCAGGAAAGGUGGAAUUGGCAGGGGAGAUCUCUUUCCCGAAACUAAAGAAAAGUGGCGCGACAUACUUCUCGCGCAGACAGUUGGUGGUGCAGGCCUGCUCUGCAGCUGCUGUGGCUUUUGCACUCUUCUCUCUCUGGCUGUGAGGAUGGCACGUGUGUGUCUUUGGGGGGCGGGGGUUGUGGUGUUGGCAGGGAGUCUGGUACGCUUUAGACAUCUGUGCCUUGCUUGUUUCUUGCUGCUGCUGCUGGACUCUCUGGGUCGUUGGUGUGUCUUG